AUGGCGUUUUCGAGAUCCAUCGCAUUCUCUGCGUUCCUUCUUCUUCUCCUCAUCAACGGUAGCUUCUGUUUCUACCUCCCCGGUGUUGCACCACAAGACUUCCAAAAGGGAGAUGCAUUGCAAGUGAAAGUAAACAAAUUAAGUUCAACAAAGACCCAACUUCCAUACACUUAUUAUUCACUUCCUUAUUGCACCCCAAAAAAAAUUGUGGACAGUGCUGAAAAUCUCGGAGAAGUGCUUCGUGGUGACCGCAUUGAAAAUUCACGUUAUGUGUUUAAAAUGCGUGAACCAAAAAUGUGCAAUAUUGUGUGUAAGCUUGUACUUGACGCCAAAACAGCAAAAGCAUUCAAAGAGAAGAUAGAUGAUGAGUAUCGGGUGAACAUGAUUCUAGAUAACCUUCCUCUGGUUGUUCCCAUAAAACGCGUGGAUCAGGACUCUACUGUUUAUCAGCUUGGUUUCCAUGUUGGACUCAAAGGGCAAUAUAGUGGGAGCAAGGAAGAGAAGUUUUUUAUACACAACCAUUUGGCAUUUACUGUCAGAUAUCAUAGAGAUUUGCUCACUGAAUCUGCUAGAAUUGUCGGCUUUGAGGUUAAGCCAUUCAGUGUCAAACAUGAAUAUGAAGGGAAAUGGGAGGAAAAAACUCGUCUAACAACCUGUGACCCUCAUGCUAAACAUACAGUUGUUAACUCCAAUACUCCUCAAGAAGUUGAAGAGGGCAAGGAAAUUUUCUUCACGUACGAUGUUGAAUUCCAGGAGAGUGAUGUGAAGUGGGCUUCAAGAUGGGACGCCUAUUUGCUGAUGAGUGACGAUCAAAUUCACUGGUUCUCAAUUGUGAACUCAUUGAUGAUUGUUCUUUUUCUCUCGGGUAUGGUGGCAAUGAUAAUGCUGCGUACACUUUAUCGCGAUAUUUCCAAGUACAACGAGCUUGAGACCCAAGAAGAAGCACAAGAAGAGACUGGUUGGAAGCUUGUCCAUGGUGAUGUUUUCAGGCCACCAAACAACUCAGAUCUGCUGUGUGUUUAUGUUGGUACUGGUGUUCAGUUUUUUGGGAUGAUACUAGUAACAAUGCUCUUUGCUGUCCUUGGAUUCCUUUCUCCUUCAAACAGAGGUGGGCUAAUGACAGUCAUGCUUUUGCUAUGGGUUUUCAUGGGGCUUUUGGCUGGUUAUGCAUCAGCCCGCUUGUACAAAAUGUUCAAAGGAUCAGAGUGGAAGAAAAUUUCCCUCAGGACUGCAGUCAUGUUCCCUGCUUCUGUCUCUGCUAUCUUCUUUGUAUUGAAUGGUCUUAUAUGGGGGCAAAAAUCGUCUGGAGCUGUGCCGUUUGGAACAAUGUUUGCUUUGAUCUUUUUAUGGUUUGGAAUCUCAGUUCCACUUGUUUUUGUUGGUGGCUAUAUUGGGUUCAGGAAACCUGCAAUUGAGAAUCCCGUGAAGACAAACAAAAUCCCAAGGCAGAUCCCUGAACAGGCGUGGUACAUGAACCCGGCCUUCUCAGUUUUGAUAGGAGGAAUACUCCCAUUUGGAGCUGUUUUCAUUGAGCUUUUCUUCAUCCUCACAUCAAUCUGUUGUGCAGUGAGGAUUACUUGUGGUGGUGGCGCUCUUACCUCACAUCGGGCUCUUCUGCACUGUACCUCUUUCUCUUCUUAUGCCUUUUUUGUUGUAACCGGUACCAUCGGAUUUUAUGCAUGCUUUUGGUUCACAAGGCUCAUUUACUCAUCAGUUAAAAUUGAUUAG